AUAUUUCUAUGCCUGACUGCUCUAGGUAACAAUAAACCAACCUAAGACAUUCGAAGCGGGUGUAUAUAUAUGUAAACAGUAUGUCAUAUACUUCCUGGUUAACAGUGGACACAAUGUGAUGUUGUUCUUGCUGCAAUGAAGAUGAUCUCAAAGCUGCAACCACCUGUGUUUUUAAUUAUCAUAGCGACCAUUUUUGUGUCAGUAACAGCGCAGAUGAAUCUGGCUUUACAUGGAACCGUAGCACAAGAAACAACAUAUACAGACGCAGAAGGUAUUUCAUACACUGCAAACUUGGCAAUAGAAGGACCUGCGAAUAAUAAUUGGGAAGAUGGAUGUUCAGCUACAGAUGUUAAUCAAAAGACAGCAUGGUGGGGUCUACUUUUUCCCAAAUUAGUCUACGUUACAAAUGUGAAGAGAUAUAACCGGAAGGAUGAACCAGAGCGCAUGAAUGAUUUCCGAUUGUACUUUACAAAUGACACUGUGUAUGCUAAAAGUGAAUUGUGUUACAGAGAUACGACCAAACAAGCCUACCUUAACCUGAAUCAGAGUAUCGAUUGUGAUUUAAGCCCAACCAUGAAUGUUUAUUUCUUUAACAGAUUUACACUCAUCGAAUUAUGUUACGUAGAAAUAUAUGGAUGUUGGAAAGGUUUCUGGGGAGAAAACUGUACAGUACCAUGUCCACCUAAAUGUAUUGACCAACAUUGUUAUCCUGCAAAUGGGAACUGUGUUUGGGGAUGUGACCCUACGAACUGUAUGAGUGAGAAUUGUUAUACCACUACAGGUGUUUGCCUUGGAGGAUGUGUACUUGGACGAGCUGGACAAUACUGUAAUAAAUAUAAUUUGGCUUACAAUCAAACAGCGAAGAUAAUUCCUGUGGGCCAAACUAAUGCAAGCCUUUUAGUCGAUGGACUCGUAUCAACUUGUAAUGAUUUUUCUUCUACUGCAACCAGUUCCUAUUUGCAGGUUGAAUUUGGAUCUUUAAGUGUUAUAACUACAGUGCAUAUUGUUUUUGGAGGAGAUCAAACAACGCCUGACGAUGGUCAUGCAGUCUAUUGUUCUAAUGCCACUGACACGUGGAAAGAUGGCACUUUAUUGUACAGUGGCCCACGUUUGGACACAGACAUAACCAUCUUUGCUGUUUGCAAAUAUUUGAUAUAUGUACCGCCAAUGUUAAGUGGAGAUUCUAUGUUAGAAUUGUGUGAAAUAGAAAUCGGUGGAUGUCCAUAUAGAAGAUACGGAGUAAAUUGUGAACAUUUAUGUUCAGAACACUGUUUGGGACAAGGGCAGUGUGAUUUAGUCAGUGGGAGUUGUUUGUCGGGAUGUUCAGAUGGUUGGGUUGGUGAAAAAUGUGACAAAGAGUGCAGUCCUGGUUUAUUCGGAAGUCAAUGUCUUCGGAACUGUUCAAAGAACUGUUUAGCAUGGCCUUGUAAUCAUGUGACAGGAGAAUGUGAUGGGGGAUGCAAGAGAGGAUGGGAAAGACUCAAUUGCACAGACGAAUGUAGUAGACGAACAUUUGGUUGGAAUUGUUCCGAGAAAUGUGAUGGCUGUAUAGAAGAUUCAUGCGAUCAUAUGUUUGGGGUCUGCAAAAACAUUAGUGGAUGUAAACCAGGCUAUGAGUAUGGACGAUACUGUAAUAAGACGUGUGCAGAUUGGUAUUUUGGGACAAACUGUACAAAUUAUUGUAACUGCCGUGAAAAUCCAUGCGAUCGAUAUUCUGGUCAAUGUUCAACCGAAGGCUGCAAAAGAGGAUGGUAUGGUGUCUCAUGUGAUCAAGAAUGCAUGUAUGGAUAUUUUGGAUUUAACUGUGAAGGAUUUUGUGCAAAUUGUUUGAACGAGUCGUGUAGUGUAUUAGACGGGAAUUGUACGGACGGUUGCUCUACAAGAUAUAGUGGCGAUCUGUGUGACAUAAAAGAAUUAUCAAAGAAACAGAUGUCUCCAUCUGAUCCUGGUCCAGCAAUAGGAGGAGUCAUAGGUGCUAUCGUAAUAGUCAUCAUAGCAGUAAUAAUUGCUGUUAUUAUCUACAGACGAAGAUCAGCUUCCAGACCUAACAAAUAUUUAAGUGACAGCGAACAUUUAAGUGGAACGGAAGAAAACACUUAUAUCAAUCAUGAUCCGUCACCACAACCGUUGAACGAAUUUGUAAAUAAAGGUUGUGAAGCAGAUCUGGAGGAUGUUGGAGUGUCGUUAACUCAAAAACAUGCUAGUAAAACAAGUGGUUAUGAAGGAAGCGAAGAAAUACCAGAAGAAUACGAGGAUGAAUAUGAGGGAAAUGUAUAUGGUAAUGUACAAACAGUAGCUGAGUACAAAAUAUCCAUAGCAGACCUGAAGAAAGUAAUUAACGAAAAACAAAAAGAUGACGGUUUCAAAAAGGAAUAUGAUAUUUUACCAAGAGGACUUGUUCAUGCACAUGUGGAAGGUUCUAAAGAAGAAAACAAAAUUAAAAAUCGUUUCCUUGCAACAUGGCCAUAUGACCAUUCACGGAUUGUUCUGACUGGAGACACCAAAAGUGAUUACAUUAACGCUAGUUUCAUUGAUAGCUACGAAAAAGAAAAGGCAUACAUAGCUUCACAAGGUCCGAAAAGGAAUACCAUCAGAGAUUUCUGGCAUAUGAUCUGGCAAGAAAAAGUUAACAAAAUAGUGAUGGUAACGAAAUUAGAAGAGGAAAGAAGGAAAAAAUGUGAAUACUACUGGCCCCAAAGCAUCAACACAGCAAUGCCAGUAGAUACUUAUAGACUUGUAAUGAAAAAAGAGAUACAACAUACAGUGUAUGUGUACAGAUUAUUUAUUCUACAAAACAACAGCUUGAAGAAUAAGCAAGAACGAAAAGUUCAUCAUUUCCAUUUCACUCAAUGGCCGGAUCAUGGUGUUCCAGAUAGCGUCAAAUUGGUUAAUUUUUACAGAAAAGUCAAAAGCAUAAAAGUAGAUAAGAGUACCCCAAUGGUGGUGCAUUGUAGUGCUGGCGUUGGAAGAACCGGAACAUUCAUUGCUAUAGAUGCAUUAUAUGAGCAUGGACAAAAAGAAGGAUAUGUUGAUAUUAUGGAGUAUGUUCAGACGAUGAGGAAGGACAGAAUGAAUAUGGUACAAACACAUGAACAAUAUGAGGCCGUAUUUGAAGCACUGCUGGAAUUGUUUGCUGUUCCAGAUACGUCCAUUCAAAAGAGUGUUUUCUGUGAAUAUAUUCAAAAGCAGGAGCAUAAGACAUUACCAAAAAAUCAAACAGUAUUUAGAGAAGAGUUUCAGAGAUUGCGAACAUUGCGGCCAUCAUAUUCUUCUAAUAAGUUUACUGGUGCUAAAAGUAAAGAAAACCAAUUAAAGAAUUCUACAACUGUUCUCGCACAUGACCAAUAUAGACCUUACUUAAUGUCUUACGGUAAAAACAGAAGUGACUACAUCAAUGCCGUGAUAAUUCCAUGCUAUUCGGUAGAUAGUAAAAUGUUUGUUACACAGUGCCCACUUGUAGAAACUGUAAUUGAUUUUUGGACGAUGAUGUAUGAUCACAGUUCCAGAAUUAUUGUUUUGUUGGAUCCCGGAAAUAAGGGAGCUCCAUUAUGGUUAGAAAAGAAAGAAAUGCUACAGUUUGAUGAUUUCCGUAUUAUCAAAGAAACAGAAAAUGCACAAGAAGAGAUUCAGCUAACAUUGAAUCAUACGAAAAAUAAAGAAAAAAUCUCAAUCAAUGUAUUUACUGCAAACGACUGGACUAUAAGUAAUGCACCACUGUCACCAGAGUAUAUGUUAGAUCUUCUGCAGCGUGUACAAAGCUGCUGGGAAACGCAUAAAGGUCCUAUCACUGUAGUUUGUAGGGAUGGCUGUAGUAAGAGUGGACUAUUUGUAGCAUUGCGGUUGGUUUUGGAAAAAAUGCAGAUAGAUGAGGAAACUGAUAUUUUCCAAGUAGUUAGAGAGAUUCAAAUAAGGCGACCAGAAUUCCUUGUGGACUUUGAUCAGUACGAAUAUUGUUACAAGUGUGUUAGGUUGUUACUUGAGGGAGAUUCUAGUGAUUCACUGUAUGCGAAUGUUUAAUAAAUUUUAAGCAUUCUGUCAUUUCUUUAUGUAUCUAUUCGCAACUUUUUAUAUACUACUUGUGUUUAUUGUCAUCAGAAUAUUGCGUCCGUAAUUUUCAUUUAACAACAACAUAUAAUUGCAAACAUUUAUAAAAACAAACAAAAAAUAUGCAUGCAUAUAGUUGUAUCUGAAAGAUCAAUUAUUUUUAUUUUUAUAAGGAUCCGAUAUACUUACUGAAAUCAGUUUAAAUCAUACUGGAUCAAGAAGUCCUGUUUAAGAUUCCUUCAAAAAUAACCAUGUGGAGUUUUUGAGUAAUUGAAAAUAUGGUUUCAAGAAAUUUUACUAAAAUCAUAUAAAUAAUGAUUCUCCCAAAAACAUAACACAUUGGCCACUAAUUGUAAAAAUCGAACUUGUUUUUAUAAUAAAUUACUGAACACGUUUUGUGGGUGUUUAAGAAAAAUCUGGCUUUCCCCAUUACAUACGAUGAUGAUUAAAAGUAUGUUUUCAAUUCCAGUUGUAAUCGAUAAUUUUAAAGUGUCAAGCUAUUUUGUUUGAUUUUGCAUUUUUUACCUUUUUUGACUUUGAACGUUAUUAUAAAUACACCAUUAGUCCUGUCAUGUUAAUGGUUCCCAUCAUUUAAAUUGGAUUCAUAUUCCGUAAUCAGAUAAUAACAACGACAUUGUUAGUCAUUUAAUUGGGUAUAUCGUUUCUUAUAAUUUCCCCAAAAAAUGCUGAAACGUUGAACAUGUAUGUAGGGCAGCAUUUGUUUGUGAAUUCAUUUACGUUAUAAAAUUAUGAGCAACGAUACCUAGUUCGACAUAUUUACGUAACAGCAUUCGCAUCGUUCUUUAAUUUUGUUUGCAAAACAAUGUACAAUACGGAAGACUCCACUUCACUCAGGCUAUAAUCUUGACGAAUUUGAUUAGAAACGACUAACUAUUCUGUCCAAAUUAAGACUCGUUAUAUUCUCGUUUCUACGGAUGUUCUAUAAUCGUGAUUCUUUGAUGUUUGUCCUUCUUUGUUAGGUGUUUGUCAUCAUCAAAACGUGUUAUUCCCAGUACUGAUAUAUAAUGUGGCUAAUAAUUUCUGGAAACACAUAAAAAAAAAAAAAAAAAUGCUAAUGAGCAAUUUCUGAAUAUUGAUCUGGAACACGCACUCGAGCCGGGGAUUUUAUAGUUAUUAUUCAGGUCAAACUGUAAGGUCAAAACUCACACUUAUGUCGCUACGACAGCUGCAAUAUAUUCAAAAGAUCAAAUUUGAAAUUCUGUAGAUUUAGUGUAUCGUGUGUAUUUGAACAGACCACAAAGGACAAUACUAGGGUCAUAUGAUCUCCAUGUCAAUUGGUUUAAUACAUCCAUCAUUGUUCAGUGUGAAUUCUUUUCAAAACUACAUAUUGAUACAUUUACAAAUCUGUAAAAUACCUUUUGUAAUGUUGACCAUAUUAAGUUAUCUAAUAUUAUUACCAUUGUUAUUUGUAUUAACGCAUAUUUAUAAUAAACAAGAUAUUUUGUGUAAACAUCUUUUAUGUACCAUAAGUAUACAUAAUUACGAUUUUUUUUUAUUAGAAACAUCCCUGUACAUUUUUCGUUUACUUUUGUAUUAUUACAUGUUAUCUAUAUAUAUAGCAUUACAAAAAGAAAGAGGUCACUUCUAACAAACAAGUUAUUCCCCUACUAUGCCACCAUGUGCUUUAUUUUCUUUAUCCUUUCUUUUCAGUAUUUGUUGUUGUUUUAUCUUAAUGUUUCUUUUUUAUUCAGGACAUAUUUUCGAUACUUUUUUAACUUUAUUGGCAACCCUAUGAAUUUUAUACUUUCAUUGCAUUUUACUAUUUGCUUCAUGAAGAGGGUAGUAUAUAGUUAUUCGGAUAUUGGUCCGUUUUCCGUUUUCGUAUGGUCAUCCAUACUUCCCAUUUCUGUAUCCGCUACUGAUCCCGAACUGCUUGACAGAAUUAUUGUGUGACACUUUCACAGACUCUUAGUCACAUGAUGCAAUUUGGAACCUCCUGUUUCAUUUCUUUAUUAAAAUACUUAAGUGCUUGAUAUGGCAUGAAAUGAAUUCCGUCAUAUCUGCACUCUAAAGUUCACAUCUUUAUCCGCUUCUUUUCUUCAACCUCUUAUUUGAAUUAAUUAAUACUUUCUCAGAAUCUUCACCAUAUGAUACCAUUAUGCACCUAUAAUUUUCUUUUUUAUACUUAUUCUUUUUUUUUUCCUUGCAAGGGUCGGGAGGUAUCAUUUCGUGAGCUUUACUCGUCGUUCCUCUGGUUUUCAAGAAGUUUCAAUAUUGUUUUUUUCUAAAAGAGCUAAGAAACAACCUUCCGACAGUUUUACAAUUAAACGUAUUUUUGCAACGGGAAGGUUAUUAAAGGUGGGACAAGAAAAGGAUAUGAAUGAAGCUUUAAAACAUCAAUGUUGGUUAGCUAUUCAAACAAAUCAUUAUCGUAAUAUGAUGUUUUUAAUACUAGAUUCAAAACAGAGACCGAUGAUCUCCAUUUCUUUUUAUCAUUUACUGUGUUUAAAUGAGUAGAAAAUCAUUUCAACUAUAUCAUAUAUAAUCAAAACCGAAAAAGCUUAGUUGUCGUACAUUCUGUAUUUCAUUUUGACGGGUACCCAAUCGUUGUGUUAUCAAGGUUAUGUAAUUGAUUUAUUUUUACAACCGACACGAGUUAUAAUGAUGGACCUUCAAAGCUUAAGGGUACAUGUUCUUACGUUAAUGUUGAUUAUUAUUUAACUUUCAAGUCUUUUAGUAUAAUAAAGUUUAUUUGCAUUUAAAUAUAUAAAGUCAAGUUAAUCAUGUAAAUUUACAAAAUAAAAUGGUACAAUUAACCGU